AUGCUUCCUAGUCUUUCACCAGAUCUCGAUUUGGUUACGGAAAUCCGGUGUCAAUUAGAAAAACUGUUUGAAAUUUUCCGUGUGAUUCAUGUGUGUGUAUUGGACCCCGAGUCAAAUCAGUGUGACGAUCAACAACAUCCGCCCGAGUGUUUCCGUAUUCUUCGUCCGCCACCUGCGGGCUGGUCUUUGUCACUGCGUGAAUUUGAAACCGAGAAUGCCGCAAUUGCGGACGAGGAACAGCGCGUUGGGCCAGCGAAGUUUCCUCCGAUUUUGAGCAAUUCAGUCCAACUGACUGGUGCCUUUACCUGGCCCCUGUCACCCCUGUGUAUCAAGUCACCUCCGUCCGAGUACGUUCUGCUUACCCCUACUGAUCAGUGGCCGCGUAAUUUGUCAGCUAUGGCAACGCGUUUAUCGAACAGUUCUAAUGGUGACGUUCAAAUCGAUCCUCAUCUGGCCGCAGGUUUGCUAAAGCUAUGGCUCCGUGAGAUGGCGGAUCCGCUGGUGCCCACGGAGUUACAGCCAGAGUGUUUGAAGGCUGCUUGCGAAGCCGAGCUGUUCGAGUCGCAAAGUCAGUCUAAGCCAGAUUCGAACCUCUCUAAUGAACUGGUUUCGAAUCCGAUUCAAAAUUGUUGCUCUUUAAUUCGGAAAAUUCCGCCACUCGAACGACGUUCCCUACUCUAUCUCAUUCUUCUUCUUCAGCAUCUGGCCAAACGCGAGAACGCAAGUCGAUCGUUGAUGGAUCCACGCAAUCUAGCCACUGUGAUUGCCCCCAACCUUAUGCGUUCGAGUAGCACCAAUCCGAGAGAUUUGUUAGAAAAUAUACGACCCCAGACACUAUUUGUACGAUUGUUGAUCAGUUAUUUGGAUGUGGAUGCCGAGCUACAGCAUUUACUGGCUACGGAGCGUACGGAAGAGGACGAUGAU